UGUGAGUGUGCAGAGAAGCCUCACAUUGUAUUUAUUGUCGCUGAUGACCUCGGCUGGAACGAUGUUUGAUUUCGGAACCCUCAAAUGAUCACCCCUAACCUGGACAGACUGGCAAAAGCUGGAGUCAUCCUCAACUCUUCUUACGUUCAGCCUUUAUGCACGCCCUCAAGAAACUGCUUCAUGUCGGGAUAUUUCCCCUAUCACACUGGACUACAAGAUGGCACUAUUGCUGUAAACGCAGCGCAAUUCCUGCCGGCCAAUCUAACAACAAUACCACAGAAACUGAAACAACUUGGCUAUGAUGCUCACAUGGUUGGGAAGUGGCAUCUUGGCUUCUGUGACUGGAAAUAUACACCCACAGAGAGAGGCUUUGACACCUAUCUUGGAUAUUACUCUGGAAUGGAAGAGUAUUUUACUCACAUGUCAGAGGAUCGCCAAGGUGACGUGGGGCUGGAUUUUCGCUUCAACAAGACUGCAUAUAGAGACGCCAGUGGGACCUACUCUGCGUAUGUGUAUGCUAACAGGGCUGUUGAAAUCAUUGAAAACCACGACAAUAAUAAACCACUCUAUCUGUAUCUUCCAUUUCAAUCUGUUCAUGUACCAUUUGAAGUUCCACCUAAAUAUGAAAACAUGUACAAGAACAUAGAAACCGAAAACAGAAGGGUAUAUUGUGGAAUGGUGAGUGCAUUGGAUGAAGCUGUGGGAAAUAUUACGACGGCUUUAGAAGACAAAGGUCUCAUGGACAAUCUGUUGUUAGUCUUUACAACCGACAAUGGUGGUCCUACAUUUGAUGCUGCUAAUAACUUGCCUUUACGAGGAGCCAAAAAAACUCUAUGGGAAGGGGGAACGAAGGGAACUGGGUUCAUCUACAGUAAAACACUUCUGAAGAAGACGGGCUACCUCAACACUGGAAUGAUGCAUGCUGUAGACUGGUACCCGACUUUGGUGGAGCUGGCUGGUGGAGAGAACACAGAUCCCAACAUGGACGGGAUCAGUCAGUACGACAUGCUCAUCAAUGGUAAACCCUCCAAACGGAAUGAGUUCGUCUACAAUAUCUAUGACAGGCAAGAAGCAGCUGCCAUAAGGUACGGAGAUCUCAAACUCAUGCAAGGGAGUCCGGGAGAUCACAACGGUUGGGCUCCAUUGCCACAUCUUGGAAUUGAUAAACGUGUUUUUCAAGCUGAUAACCAAACCUUCCCUCCCUUCAUGCUGUAUAACAUUACUGCAGAUCCAACUGAACACUUCGACCUCUCAGCCAAGUACCCUGAGCUAGUGGACAUGAUGAAGAAGAGGCUGGAGAACUGGAAGAAGUCCCGUGUUCCGGCACAGAGUAAUACUCCUGUUCCUGGGGCAAACCCCUCAUUCUACGGCGGUGUAUGGAGCCCUGGUUGGUGUUAAUGACUCUUUUAAGCAGACAUUCCAUGU